CUUUCUCUCUCUCUCUCCCUCUCUCUUCAAGGACACUUUUGAGACAGCCUCGACCGCAAGGCACGGCUCAGUCCGCGAGCCACCAUUACGCUGUUUGACGUGGAACAGCGAAGGCGGUAUUCACCGCAAUCACGACCAUCGAUCGUCCUCAUCUCGUCCGCUGCUCGGUGUUCCCAGAAAGUACACAGCAGUGGAUCCAUUUGCUUGGGGAACCCCAGCUCAUUGCCACUGCUGCUCCCUCUCUGAAUCUCUCCUUUUAAUGCCUUGCUUCUCCUCUCCUCUCCCCCACAAAACCCCAGCCUGGACAGAUAACAUCAUAUGAGGUGAACUGGCUCAAGGGUUUGAGGAAUCAGUGCUGAGAAGCUCAUUCGAUAGUAGGCAACCUUCUCUGAGAAGACCCAAAGCAAUAGGCCACGAGCUGGGAGUCGAGUCGACAUUGUUGAAAGGAAGAAGUGGGAGUCCUUUCAUCUUUGAGCUUCAGACCGAUGUCGUGGUCAAGAGGGUCAGAUUUGCAUCAGCAGCAGUCCCCGCGAGCCCCUCUUCACCUUAAGACUAGUGUUAUCUCUGAAGCCAACAUCCUUCACCGGAUGGUUGUCGACCGCAGCCCGAAGCUCGAGGAUGGACGGUCCCCUCGAAGUCCCCUCCAUGAGCAGAAGAAGCGAAGCACCAGGGUGGCAGAUUUGGAGACCAAGUUGAGCAAAGCUCAGGAAGAGCUCAAGAAGCUCAGAGACCAGUUGGGCUCUGCUGAAGUUGCCAAGGUUGAUGCCGAACAAGCUCUCGAGAAGGCAAAGAAACAGGUUUUUUCUGUGAACCGGAACUCUGAAUUAGACAAACAGAAACCUCUUCCUCAGGAGUCGGAACCGGCAUCAGAGCCUAAGCCACAACCAGCUCCCAAGUCUGAAGUGGAGGAUGUCAGCUCUUCUACCGCUUCUGAUGUUUCCACACUAGCAGUGCAAAUGGAACCACUUGGUCAGGUUAAACACGAGGAGGAGGCAGAGAAGGAGAAGGACGAACAGAAUAUGGAGAUAAUCAUGAAGAAGGAUGAUGAUAACAACAUUGGGGGAGGAGUGGUGGAGAGAAAUGAGUUAGUAGAUCUUCCUGAGAGCCCAGAGGAGGUCAAGCUCAAGUAUAUGAUACUGAAGAAAGAGAAGGAAGUGGAGUUUCUGCUGGAAGAGAACAUGAGUUUUAAGAGAAGAGCAGAGGAAGAAGCCGAGAACCUUGCUGCGGAUGCACGAGCCAAGGAAGAGGAGCUGAAGGCAAAGAUAAGCUCAAUGGAGGAGGAACUGAAGGAGAGCAGGGCAAGAGCAGCACAUCUGAUGGAGCAAUUGGCGGCAGCCGAGGGAGCAAAAGCGACGCUCGAAGUGGAGAUGAAGAGGCUAAGGGUGCAAACUGGGCAGUGGCGCAAGGCAGCAGAGGCAGCAACCGCGCUGGUGGCUGCUGGGGACAGAGCUGCCACGGAGAUGGGAGGGAAGAGAGUAGCGGAACGGUGUCGGUCGAUGGACGGUCAUCACGGCGGAUUUGACGGAUGGGAUUUGCCGCUGGUGGGGGGCGAAUCGGAGCAGGAUGGGGUGGUCGGAGGGAGGAGGAAAUCCGCAGGAAUUUGGAUGUUUGGAGACCUGUGGAAGAAGAGACUGCAGCAGAGGUGAGCAGAACCAGUAUCCGGGGGGGAAUAACUGGAGCUCCUUGUUAGUUAGUUGCUCCGUUAGAGUCCUGUUUUGUUUUCUUUGGUUUGGUGGUUGUGCUGUUGUAUCUUGCUGCUAAUGUUCCUGAGCUUAGUAACGUACUGUGAAGGUGUUGUUACA